AUGUCUAGCAAGUUUAAUGUUGGUGGUGUAGAGGGCCUAGUGGUUCAUGACACUGAUGUUUCAGAUUCGGAGGAAGAAUCUGGGCAUGGGACUGAUACUUAUCAACAGACCUGCGUGUAUGGGUUCGCACCACAAUUGCUAAUAACUAGUGAAUUUCAACCUCUUUGUUUCGGUUUUCGCUAUGACCCCGAUUCAGGACAGAUCUAUGAUCUAACUGUUAAUGAGCUGCACUCUUCUGAAUUAUCGGCAUUGCAAGUAUUAGUGCCUAGUAUGGAGUACACAUUUCAAUUUCCUAAGCUAUGCAAUAUAGAACCCCGGAGUCGGAGAUGGCUUUUUCUUCUCGGGGUAGUGUCUGUUACUUAUUUAUCGAUUCAGUCGCUUUUGAUUCCCUAUGGCAUUGCUCUUCGGUCUCUAUCGCCUCACAGUGAGGUUCCAGCACAAGUCGAAGGUAGUGUCCUCCCUGUUCAUUCCUCUGCCAAGUCCAUGAUGGUUCGCAAUCCUCUCAAGGUAAAUUCUUUGGAUUCGAUAGAUGUUUCUAUGUUUGGAGGAGAUAUUAGGCAGGGUACUGAACCAAAGGGAAAUGAUGUAUCUAAGGAAAUCGAUUUAAUGCUAGAAGAAAGAGAAAUAGACAAUGAUUUUGAAAGUGACAUUAAUCGAAAUGUGGAUGAUGAUUUCCCGUCUGAGAAUGUUGUAGUCGUAAAUGAAAGUCUAGCAUUAGUCAGCAUUAUGAAUCGAGAAAAUGUUACUAUUUUGCAUAAGGCUGACGAAACUAGGCAUGGCUUCCAUUUGAAGAAGAUUGUGUUGCCGAACUCUGAAAUUACUAGGGAGAAUGCUUCAAAAGAAAAUUCAACCGUGACAGCGAAAAGAUCUGAUGGUGUUGAAACUGCUUUUCAUUCGUCUCCACUCAUUUUACCUGCAGCGAAUUUGUUAGAAAAUAGAAGCACUUCCGUUGGUUCUACUUCCUUGAAAAGUGGUGUUGUGGCUUCAAAAAAUGGUUCUGUAGUGAUGACAAGACCUGGGAAGAAGAAGAUGAGGUGUGAAUUGCCACCAAAGUCGAUCACAUCAAUAUCUGAGAUGAAUCGUAUACUAGUGCGGAAGCGCGUUUCUUCCCUUUCACCGGAGAUUCUAGCUGCGAAGUCACAGGUCGAGCGUCCUCCUAUUGCACUAAAUGAUCCAGAACUUUAUGCUCCUCUCUUUAGAAAUGUUUCCAUGUUUAAAAGGAGUUAUGAACUUAUGGAACGCACGCUGAAAAUCUAUAUCUACAAGGAGGGAAACAAGCCGAUCUUUCAUCAACCAAUACUCAAGGGUUUAUAUGCUUCAGAAGGAUGGUUCAUGAAACUGAUGCAGGGAUAUAAGCGCUUUCUUGUCAAGGAUCCUAGCAAGGCUCAUCUGUUUUAUAUGCCAUUUAGUUCGCGGAUGCUAGAGUACGCUCUAUAUGUACGUAACUCUCACAACCGUACAAACCUACGCCAAUUUCUGAAGGAAUAUUCCGAAACAAUUGCAGCAAAGUAUCCUUAUUUCAACAGAACUGAUGGCGCAGAUCAUUUUCUUGUUGCUUGCCAUGACUGGGCUCCAUAUGAAACAAGGCACCACAUGGAGCGCUGCAUCAAAGCGCUUUGCAAUGCUGAUCCAACAUCCGGCUUCAAAAUAGCAAGGGAUGUGUCUCUUCCAGAGACAUAUGUUCGUUCAGAGAGAAAUCCCCUUGUAGAUCUUGGAGGCAAACCUCCUUCUGAGAGGAAGAUUCUUGCCUUUUAUGCUGGAAAUAUGCACGGCUACUUACGUCCAAUUCUGCUAGAGUACUGGAAGGACAAAGACCCCGAUAUGAAGAUUUUUGGCCCAAUGCCUCCCGAGCAGCAAAUACUGUAUCUGCCCCAAGGGUUAUGA